AUCGGUGACUCAGGCAGCGCAGCCCGAGAGCCUCCACUUGUUGCCGAGCAGGAGCCCAGAGCCGUCAGCUGAGCGCGGAGAGAGACCCGUCCCCCGGCCACCGAUCCCUCCAGAGCCCGCCGAGCCUCCCCACCCCAUCGGACCGCCGCCGCUCCAGGACCCGCCGCCUCCUCCUCCUCGGCUCUCAGGAAUCUGGUUUGAUGUCUGCGUCCGUCCAGCGUCCCGGUGGACUCGGUCUGCUCUGUAGAGUCCUGCUGCUGGCCGCCUCACCGCUGCUCAUCGCAGGUCGACUCAGUAACUGUUCUCACCCUCUGGUGCCUGAACAUGGAGGUUUCCGCUGCGAUCCGUCUCCGUGUCGAGGUUUUCCUUACAAGAGCUCCAUCCGGUUCUUCUGUGAACCCGGAUACCACGUCAGCACCAAGGUGUCCAGGUGUCGCCAUGGCCGGUGGCAACCUCCCAUACCUGCCUGCAUCCCCAUCAAAGGUCCGAACAUGAAGUCAGAUGACAAAGCGAGCGAUUCGAUCCCCAGCAUGGCCACGACGGCGGUCGGCGUCUCCAUCUUCCUGCUGACCACCACCGCCUGCCUGGUGGUCAAGUCCCGCCUCUACCCCUGUCAAUCACACAGCCGUCGCUCCUCGGACCAGCUGGACCUGAUGGUGGACGGCCUCCCGGUGUCCCUCCCCUCCUAUGAGGAGGCUGUUUACGGCAGCUGGGGGCAGCGCCUCCCGUCCUGCUCGGCUCCCGGACCCACCCAGCUCCUCCUGGCCCAGGAGGCGUCCAGCUGCCACCAGUCCCCUCCAUCGGACGGCAGCCAGCGGCCCCUCCUGUCCGGCCAGAGCCCCGACAGUCCGCCACCCUACGAGGAGGUCCAGCCCAGAGACAGAGGCAGCGGCGGUGGCGGCGACAUCCGGCAGCUUCACGUCGCACUUUCAGACGACAAAGACACUUGAUGGUCAGACGUGUCCACAGGAGACUAUGUGGUGGCAUGUGGUUGUUUGAGAUUUUGACGGCUGGUUGCUGCAGCUAAAACACGACGCAGGAACUGACAGCAGCGGACUCCUGAACUGCACUUUUACCAGCAUCAGCACCCGUCAUGUGCUAUUUUAGAUGAUAAGCUCUGAUUGGCCAGUCGGUCGGGUCGCAGAGGCCGGGCUGAAGAGGACUAAAGUACAUUUAUGGAUGAAUUGUGUUGUUGAGUGAGGAGGGAGGAUGUUCAGUCUCUGCUGUCUGCUGAAAACCUAAAGAUAGAUUUACUGCCUUCCACUGUUUGGUUGUUUUUUAGAUGAGAAUUAAACGAAAGCAUCUCCCACAGAGGAGAUGUGUGGUUUUCACAGGGUGUGUGUGUGUGUGUGUGUGUGUGUGUGUGUGUGUGUGUGUGUGUGUGUGUGUGUGUGUGUGUGUGUGUGUGUGUGUGUGUGUUUUCAGUGUUGCUCUGGAGACGUCGUCCAUCCUUCCCGUCAGUGACGGGGCCGAUCGAGGCUGUUAUUAUACAGAAACCUGCGCGUUUCCAUGGCAACUGCCUCCGUACCGUUUCUGUUGUCUGAGACUUUUUGCACAGCAUUUUUUUUUCUCUCGUUUUCUUCUUUUCAUUUUCUCUCUUUGAGCCUGAUCAGACGGCGGUGACGAGCUGCACACAAGACACUCGGUGGAGGUUUUUUCUUUUUGUUAAUUUAAGAAGAUUUAUUGUACAGCUGAUAUUUAGAGGAAACCAAAACGGUCUUUAAAAGUGCUUCUUCUUCUCCUGUGUUCAUUCAGUGUUCAUUCAAGCAAAAAUCUUUUAAUAUUUGAUCAAUUCAGACUAAUCCUCUUGUUUACCGACCAGAAUAAUCCCGUGAAUAAAUUCUAUGAAUCAGAGGAGAAAGUAGAGAUUUUGGACCAAAUCCUUGAGAUAAGCUCAUUUAUUAUUGAUUUGAAAAGCUGAUUUAUUUUUUUCGUGUCCUCGCUUCACUCUGACGCCUUCACAGACCUUGAAUGUAUUUAAUGUUUUAUUUUGUGGUAACAGACCUAAACUAUAUUAUAUGGAUUGUAAUAUUUACAGAAUGAUUAUUUGUACGUUGUGUUAUUGCACAGAAUUAUAUGAUAAAUAAAUGUUGAGGUGUUUCUUUGUUUGA